UCUUCUCACCCUAUCAAUAAGGUUCAGUUAGCCAAGGUGGAGGAUGGGAACAGCAUGGAACUGUCCCAGCUCCUCAAUGAGAUCAGGGCAAACUAUGAAACGCUCCUCAGCCGAAGUCAGAUAGAGACCAUCCUCUCGGCAGGGACCCAGGUAAUGUCCAUAUACAGACAAGCACCUACUUGAAUAAGGAGACAAUCCAGUGUGCACUCAGUUCCUCUCUCAGCCUCUGUGAGGCUUAAUUCAGAAUCUGAAUUUCAGAAACUAUAUGCCUUCAUUCAACAUUUAAAAAAACCUUCAUAUUCAGUCUCCCCAUCCUCAUUCUGUAACGUGAAAAUAGUGAAAAAACGGCAUUGGCACAGAUCAAGGUCCUACACACCUCCAUAUACUAGAAGCCUUACUCAAACAACUAGAGAAAGUCACAACUGCAAGAAUGAACAAAGAUGAAGAAAUCUUAAAGGCAGCUAGGGCAGAGCUAAAUGAAGCUAGACGCCAGUGGCAUCAUAUGCAGACUGAAAUAGACUCUCUUCAUGCCAUGGAAAGGGGGUUGGAGAAUUCGCUACGGGCCACAGAACUACGAUAUCAAACACAGCUCAAGCACUUGGAAACAGAGAUUGAAGGUCUGGAGAAGGAGCUCCAAGAAGUGCGGCAGGACAUCGAAAAACAACUCCAGCAACAUGAAAUAUUAUUAAAUUCCAAGAUGAGACUUGAGCAGGAAAUAGCUACCUAUCGUAGUUUGCUGGAGAAGGAAGAGAAAAGGUUUCAUUAUUUAAAACACGAAGAAACAGAAGAUAUCAGAACACCUACCACCAGCCGAAUAGCAUUUAUUUUACCUUCAUCAAGUAAGCUAAAAAAACAUGAAAUUGAAAAAGUGGAAAUACUGACAAAGCAAGCAGUCUUAAAUGGAGGUGUUGCAAAGGAUAGCACAGAGACUCAUAAUACAAUACAGACAGAAAAAGUAGAUGAAGUGAUUAAAGAAUGGGAAGGCUCUUUCUUCAAGGAUAACCCUCACUUAAGAAAAAAGUCUGUUUCUUUGCGCUUUGAUCUUCACCUGGCAGCUACAGAUGAAGAUUGUUUACAUAUGAAACAGAAAAAUCUGCCUGAUAUUGAAGUGAGGUUGGUUAUGAGACGGUCUUGCAGCAUUCCAUCAAUCAAAACUUAAAUCAGCAUCAAUUUAUUCAAAUAUUAUUCAUGGAAUGGGUUUAAAAAAUAAAUAUUGGUAUGAAUCUAGAACAAAUAUAUGAUCACUUCUUAACUAGAAGAACUUUGUUUCAAAUAAUAGAUCUUUCUCUAACUGAUACCCUUCACAUGUGUUGAACAACUUUCAUGCAUCAAAGAUAAUUAGGAGAUGAUGUGAAUUAUGAUACUAUCUUCUAAAGAUAGAAAAAAUUAAAGGUCUUGCAUUACAAACGCAUAUUAGGUCAGUGAUAUAUAUUUGAAGAAGUGCUGUGUGUUUUUGUUUUCCUCCAUAUACUAUUUCUUUGCAUUUAGAAUUUUUAGCAAAUAUUUAAAUAAUGCUUUCAAAUACUUGCUUUUGUAGGACUAAGAACCAGCAAAUGUAAGAUCUACAUUUGAAGGGGAUUAAGGUUAAGGUUUUAUUCCGUUUGGCAUUGUUAUAGUUAUAAUGAUUAGAUUAUCAAAUAGCUGUAUUUCUUUCUCCCCAAAUGAUAAAACUGUACAAAACCAAGGGAUGAAGAAAGUCACUAUUCAUCUUGUCCUACCUUAAUCCUGUGAAAUCUGUGUGAAGAGAGAAUAGAAGAGAAUAAUUUUUUUAUUGGCCAAGUGUGAGUGGACACACAAAUGUGUUACUUUAUCCAAGGUGAUUUAUUAACAUUGUUUUUAUGCCACAAAUAGUGGCCAAUAAUUGGUAUUUAAUUCAAAAAUACAAUUAUCAAAAUUACUGGACUUUUAAUAAACAAUGUAAAACAUUUUGAACACUACUUUUAGGGACCACAUGAGAGCAUAUCACUGGGUGAUAUAGGUAUUCCUAUGAAAUUGUGCUGUGGCCCUAUUGAAGCUACAACCAAAGUAAUAAAAUCUUUUUUUUUUCAAAUUUGUGAUAACGUUUACCCUCUAAAAUAAUGAGUUGUUAUUCCCCCAAUUAUAUUUUAUAUACUUUUCCUUUCUUUUUUUUCUUUUUUUCCCUAAAUAUUAUUAAAAACAAAAUUGGGCAUCCAAGCUAAAAUGAGCUGUGUGAUUCCUCUCCACCUUUGAUUAAAAAUGUAUUAUUUCAUUAGAAUAAAUGCUAGGCAAGAAAUAAAUAUAUUAGUGAAUUUUAAUAAUUACAUUUUGGAUGUUCAAACAUGACUGACCCGUAUUAGACUACACUUCCAUUCUCCAGGGUAGUUGGCUUUUCCAAAUCUUUCUUUAUAUGCAUCAGAAGCAUCUUCAAACUAUAGGGAUAUAACUCCAGAAGAUAGCCUUAAGAUACAGAAGGAUCUUGAUGGACUUGAACAUUGGGCAC